CAACAAUGGACCUCGGCGCUGCAGGAGCAAGCACGUUCUUGCGCUUCCUUAACUUGCCUGCAUCCUGCAUCGGCCCCCAGUCCCAUCACCUUUUUAUGGUUGUAGUCGACCUCUCCUUCCUUUUCUAAUUCUCCCGGUUCUCCCGUUGUCUAUCACCGCUGCAACCUCGUGGCACCUGCGUUGUGUGCCGAUCGCGUGGGAUCCGUCCCGUCCUGUUUGCGCUACCGACGAUCUCUCGCGCUGUGCCCUUCCCGUCUGGCGGUCUCUUCAAAUUCGGUCCCGACUUUGUCCACUUAGUUGCUCCUUCCCUCACCCAGGUGAAGGUCACUGCGCAAGCCGCCCAACAUGUCGGCCUCGGACAGCAUCAGCGCAAAGGCGCCCGUCGAGGUCAGCGAGAAGCCGGGGAACGUUUCUGAUGGCGGGCUGGACUCUGCCUGGAAGUAUCUCGACAACCAUCGUGAUGUCGACACCAGCGACCUGGGCGUCGACAUUGCGACCCUUCGGCGCAAGAUCGACUGGCGCAUCGUGCCCCUGAUGUUUCUGGCCUACACGCUGCAGUUCCUCGACAAAGUCAUUCUCAACUAUGCCAAUGUGAUGGGCCUCCAGAAGGAUCUGAAUCUGCAGGGCAAUGACUUCUCCAACAUCGCGACCUUCCUGUUCGUGGGUCUGCUAGUCUUUGAGAUUCCUAACACCUACUUCCUUCAGACUGUUCCCGCUGCCAAAUGGCUUGGUCUGAACGUCAUUCUCUGGGGCACGGCCACCGCCUGCGGUGCUGCGGCCCACAACUACCAGACGCUGCUUGUCUCUCGUGUCUUCCUCGGCAUCUUCGAGGCCACCAUUGCCCCGUCCCUGAUGCUGAUCAGCAGCCAGUGGUACACCAAGUCGGAGCAGGCGCCUCGCUUCUGCUUCUGGUAUACUGGACUGGGCAUCGGCCAGAUUGUCGGCGGUCUCGUGUCGUACGGGUUCCAGCACAUGGGCCCCGGUGCCAGCCUGGCCGGCUGGCGCACCAUGUUCGUCGUCCUCGGCGCCAUCACCGUGGCGGUGGGCGGUGCCAUCGUGCUCUUCCUCCCGGACACGCCCAUGAAGGCGAAGUGGUUGUCCGACAACGAGAAGGUGGCGCUGCUGAGACACGUGAGCGUCAAUCAAACCGGUAUUGAGAACCGCAAGUUCCGCGCUGCCGAGAUCGUGGAGGCCCUGGUGGACCCCCAGAUCUGGCUCUUGCUGCUGUCCGUUGUGCUGCUGUCCGUGUCCAGCGGUGUCGUCACGACAUACUCCUCCACGCUUAUCCGCAACCUGAAGUAUGACCCGAAGCAAGCCGCCCUGAUGAAUACCCCAUCCGGCGCCAUCAGCAUCUUCUUCACUCUCUUUGUUGGCUUCGGUAUCCGGCUGCAGUCGCACCGCUGGGCGUUCAUCCUCGCCUGCAUCAUCCCUGCGAUCAUUGGCGGUGCCCUGAUGUCCUUCCUCCCUACCAGCAACAAGGCCGGUUGCUUGGCAGGCAUCUACCUCGUCAACGCCGUCGUUGCUCCUCUCGCUAUCUUCUACAACUGGGUCAUGGCCAAUGUGAGCGGCGGGACCAAGCGCGCCUUCGCGGCCGCCAUCAUCAGCGGCUCCUUCUCACUCGGCAACAUCAUCGGCCCCCAGACAUUCCAGGCCAAAGACGCGCCCGACUACCGCCCGGCCAAGAUCGCCGUGAUGGGCACCCAGGCUGGCUGCGCCCUGACCACGUUCCUGCUGUUCUUGUACUAUGUGUGGCAGAACAAGAAGCGCACGUCGGAGCGCGAGAACGAGGACGUCUUCAUGAACCCCGAGGCGUGGGCCAACUCGACGGACAGGGAGAACAAGAGCUUCCGCUACGCCUACUAGAUGGGCUUGGUUGGGGAUGGAGGGCUUCUUUUUGGAUAACAUGGGGGAGCCUUGUUUUUGGAUAUUGAACCAAAAAGUACCUAUUGGAGUUGGUUUUCGAAGUGGCUUCCCAGUAGCCACGCACUCAACCGUACCUAACCUAUUACACUGUAUGUAAUUUCGCAUAUAGAACUGUCCACGACGGUACUAGCAUAAAGAUUUCAGAAUGGUGAUUUGGACGCGAAGCGUUUCGAGUAUGUUGCAGAUACACGGCAAAACUGUCUCAAUAUCAGGGUUGUUAAUUUGGACCUGGUUAUUGCGUAUAGCAUCAUGCCAUAUCUAAGACGAGCAUGAUCAACAAGGGAUCGACCAAUUAUUAGUGAUAAACGGCGCCAUGAAAUCCUCCUGGACUCGCCCGAGCUGG